GAACCCAGGUGGACACAAAAAGUCUUUGAAGCUUUGAUUUUGGUCAUAAAGAAGUGUGAUGCUGCUCCUUGUGGUCAAUGUUUACAGGACAACAUGAAAAACAAUGAGGCGUAAGGAGGAAGCAGUCUCAAUGGUGGUCUUGGUACUGGUGUGGUUUUGGGAUCAUGACCAUGGACGGCACCAUAGACAAGACCAGGAGCCACCUCAUUAAGCGUCUGGACCAGCUGGGCUACAGGCUCCAUCUUGGGAUGGACUCGGUGCCCUUGGUUGCUAAGCUCUUCAGUGAUCUGGUGCACACCACGGUUAGCCUACGCGAUGCUAAACUGUCAGGGAGGCAGCCCGAGCGAAACCACGAUGAUGACCUACUUGAGCCACCGUACAGGACCAUGUUGGCCUCUGGCGACCAUUUUAUCAGCGGAGGUGGUAAAAAACGCAGCAUUGCUUUGAUGCACAAGUGUACACAGACGGAUGAAGACAGACCUCUUCCUCCUCCUCGUGAUGAUGAUGAAGCCGAUUUAUCUGCAAGUGCCGCGUUGAUCAUUUCUAGGCUGGUGGAACUGCUGGAGGAGCACGUCGUCUCCAUGAAAUCGGAGCUGGACGACUCUCACGGGCGCGUAAAAACCUUAAACGGCCAAUUGGCCGAGCUGCAGGAGGCCAAGCGGACGCUCGAACGCACGCUGGAGGACGAGCGGCGGCGGUCGAGCGCCGAGGCGGCCGAGCUGGCCUCGCGGAACGAGGAGACGCGUCGGGAGCUGAGGCGCAAGGACGGCGCCGUGGCUCGGACGGUGGCGCUGAAAGAGCGCGUGCUCAACAUGGCCUACAGGAAGCUGUCCGCCUCCAGGGAGGUCAUCCUCAGCCAACAGGAAGUCAUCCAGGACCUGGAGGAGAACCUAAGGAAGAUACAAGCGGAAGUUAGCGAGCGACGACGUCUUCGAGAGCAGCUGGACGAGGCGAGAGGACGAAACCACAAACUGGAGGGAUUGCUCGACUUCUUGGAGGCGGAGAAGAGCGCCCUGCAGAACAAAGUGGACACGAUGACGGACACCCACAGAGACCUGGUUUUGGAGUCGGAUUCGUCACGGGGCAAAUAUGGCGACGGCGACGGCGGGCCUGCGCUCGGCGUGGCCGCCUUCAUCGAGAGCCUGGAGGAGGAGCGCAAUCGCUACCGGCGCGAGGUCCAGAGCUACAGGAGCCUCCUGAAGGCCACGACGCCCACCGCGCCCACGGUGCCCAGUCCCACGCAGGCCAGGAGGAACAAGUUCGUCCUGGCCGCCACCUUCCAGGCCGAUGCGGCUGAACCGAGCGGACGCUCUCGUUCUAAUCAAUGAGCGUUUUAUUCCUACGGCGACGACACUUACCUCAUGCAGAAGAAGCGCUUUACGAAGAACCGAGAACUCUCCUCCGAACAAUUGGAUCGUUAUUGUACUGUUGAUGCUGCGCCCUAAUAAACUUUUCCACCACCAAAUCUGAUCUGUACGGUUGCACCAUCAUUCAAUUUUAUUUUUGGAGGGUUUUCACCUUUUUUUUUUACCUUUUUUUCAGUUUUCUUGUCUGGUUGUUGUCAUUUUUGUUAGCUGUUUUAUAGGUUUGUUGUCAUUCUUCAUAUAUUUUGUCAAAUUUGAACCCAUUAUUACCCAUUUUUAGCCAUUUCUGUUCAUUUUUCUUUUUGUUUUUGCUUGACCGAUGCCAGAUGUUUUUUUUGUUGAUAGUUUCUGUAAGCUUUUUGUCAAGCUUUUGUCAAUUUUUGUCAUGUUUCUGGCAGUGUUCUAAAAAAUAAUACCUCGUUUUCUGAUA